AUGCUGGCUGGAGGCGUGGCUACGCCGGCGGGCACCCCGCGGUUCGUGGCUGGCGGGUGGCGCCGGCCGCAGCACGACCUGGCCGCUUCGCCGCCUCCUUGGCCGCUCCGGGCGCCCGACUCGGAGCGCAUCGUCGAGCAGCUCGUGAAGCCCUCGACGCAAAAUGACGUGGUCAACUGGACGGCGACUCACCGGCGCGACAGCGACGUUGUGUCGCCGUCUGGACGCUGGGGCUACUAUGACGACCGUGAGUGCCAUAAGGCGCAGAACGACCACAGCUACGCCGCCAACAUUACCGAGAAAACACGCCGGCCGACUCGGCGGCACUCCACUCCGCUGCGGACGCCAUCCAGAAACCACUACCAGUAUCCGGCGCAGCUGGCCGCUCUCCAGUCACACAAACAGCUCGACUCCGGCAUGAGAUACUCGUGGGCCUUGUGUCUGGCGGCGACGCUGUCGCUGGCGGCAGGCCAAGUGCCCGGCUUUGGCGGCUGUCCGGUUUACCAGCCCAUGACCAACUUCGACCUCUCCAAGUACAUGGGCACGUGGUACGAGGCGGAGCGCAUGUUCGCCGUGACGGAGGCAGGAGCCCGUUGCGUCUCCGCUACAUACAGCAGCUUCCCCGGCGGCCAAGUGCGUGUGUCCAACCAGAUCACCAACAGACUCACUGGACUGACGCGGCAGCUGGACGGGGAAAUCAAGAUGAUAGGGAAGGCAGGCGAGGCAAAGCUCUCUGUGAAGUACUCCUCCCUACCAGUAUCGAUUGACUCUGAGUACAUGGUGCUGGACACAGACUACGAUACCUACUCCAUCGUGUGGUCAUGCAGCUCUCUCGGACCCUUCGUGAACAGGCAGAACGCGUGGAUCAUGACCCGCGAGCGGCUGGCGCCGGGCCCCGUGCUGCAGCGAGCCUACGGCCUCCUGGACAACUUCAAGAUCCGGCGCACGUUCUUCGUGAAGACGGACCAGGAGAACUGCGACUACGUGGCCGCGCCCGGCGCCUCCGGUGACGCAGCCCCGGCCCCCGCGGCCGCCGCAGCA